AUGGUUUACAGAGGAAUGCUCGAAGGCAAUGGUCUCGUCGCCAUCAAGCGAUUCUCUAAACUGACUUGGCCUGAUGCUCAGCACUUUGAGGAUCAGGCGACUGCUGUUGGAAAGCUUAGGUCAAAGAGAUUGGUCAAUCUGAUUGGUUAUUGUGUUGAAGGAGGCGAGAGAUUGUUGGUGGCUGAGUAUAUGCCCUAUGAUAAUCUCUCAAAGCAUCUUUUUCACUGGGACCAACAGACCCUUCCUUGGAAAAUGCGUGUUCGAGUUGCUUAUUAUAUCGCUCAAGCACUUGAUUACUGCAACGUCGAAAACCAAAAGAUCUAUCAUGAUUUAAGUGCAUCUAGAAUCCUCUUUGAUGAGGAAGGUGAUCCUCGUCUAUCAACUUUUGGUCUUAUCAAGAGCAGUAGAGACGGAACAAGCUAUAACACUAACUUGACUUACCCUCCACCAGAGUUUUCAGAAACAGGUACAGUUAUUCCGGAAAGUGUGAUUUACGGUUAUGGAAAUGUUCUUAUAGAACUUGUGAGCGGCAAACACAUUCCACCGAACCAUGCUUUUGAUAUCAUAAUGGAGACAAAUGCGAUGCUACUCAUGGAUUCAUCACUUGAAGGGAGAUUUGAGAAUGAAGACGCAACUAAACUUGUUAAUCUUGCUUCAAAAUGUCUUCAAAACAACCCGGAAGAUCGACCUGAUACUGAAUCUCUUGUCUCUGCAGCAGCAGCAGCAGCAGCACUACAAAACAAGGAAGAGAUUUCAUCUCAUUUCUUGAUGGGUCUGCCUAAGAAUUCAGUGAUACUACCAACCAUGUUUUCUCCUCUCAGAGAGGCUUGUUCUCGGAUGGACCACCCGGCUGUAUACGAGAUUUUGCUUAAAACUGGUUACAGCGACGAAAGAGCAGAGAGUGAUCUUCUAGUGACACCAGAAGUGCAGGAACUGGUUCUAACAAAGAAAUUGGGAGACGAUGCUUUCAGAGACAAGGACUUCACUAAAGCGAUUAAAUUUUAUUCAAAGUUGGUGGAGAUGAUGGACGUUUCAUAUGCGACUGUUUUUGCGAGAAGGUCUUUCUCCUACUUAGUGACGGGUCAACAUGCUCUGGCGUUGAGAGACGCAAUGAAGGCUCAAGUGUCCAUACCGGGGUGGCCUACUGCGUUAUACUUGCAGGCUUUAGCACUUUCGGAGCUUGGUAUGGAGAGUGAUGCUAGGGAUAUGAUAAAUGAAGGUGCGGCACUUGAAGCUAAGCGACCGCAGAGAGAUAAGAGAGUACUUAACCGUCUUUGA